GGUCAUUGUUUACGCAGCCUGAGAGACUGAACUCAGGGAAAGGAACAUGCAGUCCCUGUACGUGCGUGCGUCAUGACGCAGCGGCUCAGCUGUUGACAGAAGUUCCUUCAAUCUCAACCUCCGGUGCUUCGUGCGUGCUCACUCGCCGAGUCCCUGCUGUCACUGUGGCCGUCUUUACACGCACAUGCUGUUUGUCCACUGCCCGGUCAGGGAGCAUAUGCUGCCAUGAGUGCUUUGUGUCGCGUUAUCCAGAGAGGACUGCUGAGCAGCCGGCCGUUAUGUCGUUUAUUCCCCGGACAGCAGGAUGUUAGCGGGGUGGCUCCCAUGGUCCGGACAGCCUGCUCAUCCAGCCCAGUCAACUUGACCUAUGAUGUCUUCGAUGGGAAGGGAGAGAGCACUCCCCUGGUGUUUCUUCACGGCCUUUUUGGCAGCAAAUCUAACUUCCACUCAAUAGCUAAGUCCCUGGUGCAGCGCACAGGCCGAAAGGUGCUGACUGUAGAUGCCCGUAACCAUGGCAACAGCCCCCACAGCCCAGAGCUGACCUAUGAAGCGAUGGCCGAUGAUUUGAAACAUCUCCUCGCAAAGCUGCGCAUUGAGAAGUGCAUCCUUAUUGGCCACAGCAUGGGAGGGAAAACAGCCAUGACGACCGCCCUGACACAGUCUGAUUUAGUGGAAAGGCUGGUGGUAGUGGACAUCAGCCCAGCCCAGUCCACCACACGCACCAACUUUCGCUAUUAUAUCCAAGCCAUGCAGGAGGUGAAGAUCUCCAGUGACAUCCCACGUUCCACUGCCAGGCGGAUGGCUGAGGAUCAGCUGCGAUCUCUGGUCAAGGAGCGCUCGGUGCGUCAGUUCCUGUUGACUAACCUGGUGGAGCAGAAUGGCCACUAUGCCUGGAGGGUCAACCUGGAGGCCAUCUCAGCACAUCUUGAUGACGUCAUGAGCUUCCCCAACUUUGACACCGCCUAUAACGGACCUACAUUGUUUUUAGGUGGAGCCAGCUCUGCCUAUAUCAGCUCUGAUGAUUACCCAGAAAUCGAGAGGCUGUUCCCAAACGCCGACAUCCAGUACAUCCCAGACGCGAGCCACUGGAUCCAUGCAGAUAAACCCUUAGAUUUCAUCAGCUCCAUCAUCUCCUUUCUCCAGUCCUAGCUGCCCACUGCCUACACCUCAGAACUUUUAAAUAUUCGCACCUCUGGGCGUGCCCUCACCGGAAAUGACAGUUCGUAUUCAGCAGCUUCAGCAAGAGCAAGUGGAGCCAUUAAUUAUGCUAAUAUUUGCCAACAGUGGACCAAACUUACUCUUUUACAGCAGUUCUUACCUUUUAAAAUUACAAGUGUUGUGUAGCUUAGGUGAACUUUUCUUUUGUUUAGUCUCUCUGCCAGACAAGUAGUGUAACUAGAUCAGCUGGUUUCUAGAUGGGUUUUCAUUGAUUUUUAGCUUAGGAGACUGACAAUAUAUAACUUAACGGGGCUGUUUUGAAGGUGAUGUACUAAUCCAAAGAAACUCAUUUGCACAGUGCUUUCCUUAUCAUUAAACAUUUACGCUAGUAUGAUAGAAAAGUAGCUUUGGGCCAAGUACAAUCUGGGACUGCUGCAGUGAACCAGCAGUAAGAUGUGUGGAUUUUAAAGUUUUGACAGCAUGUAAAUCUGACAAGCUGAGUGAAAAAUGCUCAAAAUAAAAGUUGUUUCUUCGCACAAGGGAGUUUGUUAUCAUGUCGAGGUUUUAGCUGCAAAAAAAGCAGACUUUGUGUACAGAUGGCACGUUGUAGAAGUUUACUUUGAUGUUGGUAAUAGUGAUAAAUUGAAUAUUUUGGAAUUUAUUUCUCUAGUCCUCUCCUCUGGGUAUCUGCUGUAAUGUCAGAGAUGAGGAUUUACAGGUCAGUGACUCCGUCACAACUCGAGGUCAUCGAGAGUGCUGUUUAUAUUUUUACGCCAACAUUAUCAUCUAUGAAAACCGAGCUGAUAAACUCAAAUGCAGUAUUGUCACAAUCUGUUUCCUGAAUAUCUCAGGUUACAUGUGGAUACGCUAAUUAUUAAACACUUACACUACCCUCCUGUCUGUCUGGCAAUAAGCCGUGGUAAUGUUGUUGUUGUUGUCUUUGUAUUUGGUCAGUUCAAUCGGUGUUUUGAUGAAACAUGUUUUACCGAUUUAUUAUCCCUAUCUCCCUUAUCUUUACAACUAAGGCGCAAGGCUAUAUGGGUAUCUCAUAAAUAUAUGCUGCAACAAUGUAUGUCUAUCUAACCGUAAUCUUGUUUAUAUCAUUUCUGUUCCCAUGGGUUUAAGCAGUACUGUUCAGUAGUGAAACUGCCAUCUGUAUGAAUAAGCAGGGUGUUGUAAAUGUGUGCCUCUUUUGUUGAGAGCUCCUUUUCCAUUUCCGUAAAACUUGAAAAACAACAACAAAAAAACUUUUAUUCUACAAUAAUUCCUAGCAGACAUUAGAUUGGCAGCUGGGUUGCCAGUU